GUUUAUAGUAAGGUGGGUAGUGUCAUUCGUGGUUUACCUUCCUGCCCGGAUAGGUCUCGUAAACUGAAGUCUGGCCCUGUCUGUACCUCCCUAUACCAGUAACCCCUUAUCGCUAAACAAGAUGCCUUCCCACGACGUGCAUAUUAUUGUCAUAGGCGCUGGUAUCACCGGCCUCUUGACUUGCCAGGCGCUGAAGAAAGCCGGCAUCAAGUACUCCAUCUUCGAGAGGGAGAAGGCCAUGAACUACCGCAGCAAUGAGUGGACCAUGGCAAUCCACUGGGCUCUCCCUCUGCUCCAGCAGAUUCUCCCGGAGGCGGUGUUCGCCAAGAUGGGCGCCAUUGCUUGCAACCCGACGGUCGGCAUCCACUCGGACCUCUAUCCCAUCAUCAACGGCGAGACGGGCGAGCUCAUCACCGGUGUGCCCGGAGACGGGGUCAUUGCUACCUUCUCCGAUGGCAGCUUGGUGACAGGAACCAUGAUCCUCGGCACCGACGGCCCCAAGUCCAAAGUGCGCGAGUUUGCCAUGGGCAGUGCAGAGAAGGCGGCCGUGACCAAGUUCCCCAUCUUCCACACCAACAUGACGGUGUGCUACAACGAUGCCGACAAAGCACGCUUCGUCAGGGAGCAGUACCCCACGAGCUAUCUGGCCCUGAGUCAGCGGUCCUUCCACGCAUUUCAGUCGAUCUCGAGCAUGCCGGAUGGUCCUGACCACCCGGAGUCUUGGAUCUUUCACAUGGCCAUGGCCUGGCUUGGCGAGGUGGACAACUCGCUGGGCUACAAGGAACGCCUGGCGCUGAUCAAGGAGCGCGCCGCGGGCCUGGGCGAGCCGGCUCGCUCAGCUUUUAUGUGGCUGCCAGAGGACACCGAGGUUCACAAGGCCGACAUCAGCUACUGGGUCACGCAGCCGUGGGAUAACCGCAAGGGACGGCUUACGCUGGUAGGAGACGCUGCCCAUCCCAUGCCGCCCUACCGGGGUCAGGGACUCAACCACUGCAUCAACGACGUCUUCCACCUCUCGCAGGCGCUGAAGGCCGUCUUUGGUAGCGGCAACGGCGGAGUAACACUUGGCGAGGCAGUGAACAGCUACGAAAAGGAGAUGAUCCCUCGCGGCGCCGAAGAAGUCCGCUGCUCGGUGGAGAACGGGCUGAUGCUGCAUGACUGGGACAAGAUCCAGACGAGCCCCGUAUUCCAGCGCGGCUUCAAGCCCAUGGACGGCCACGGCAACGCUGCGGAUGCGGUUGCUGGGCCGGCGAGGGAGCUUGGCGAACACGCCAAAGUCCAGCUGCUGCGGGAUGCUCAGUCGGCGGCGCCCGGUCUGGCCGUGUCUUUGGCUUGAAAGACGUC